AUGCAGCAAACAGUCUUAGCAAGUGUGUUAUUCUGCCAAAGUUCUUCGCGUGAGCGAGCAGUCGGAUACGGCGUAGAGCGAAGCAAACUCGAUGACGAUGAAGAAGUACGCGGCAUAGAGCGAGGCAAAGCCGAGGACCAUGAAGAUGUGUCCGGCACGGAGCGAGGCAAAGCCGAGGACCAUGAAGACGUGCCGGCCACGGAGCGAGGCAAAGUCGAGGACCAUGAAGACUGGUCUGGCAUGGAUGAAGACGGGUCUGGCAUGGAGCGAGGCAAAGUCGAGGACCAUGAAGACGGGUCUGGCAUGGAGUGGCGGCGGUUCCAACGAUUCACACGCUCCGAACUGUUCCACCCAGUGGCAUUCCAAGAAGAGUCAGCAUGCCAGGAAGAGUCUGAGGAGCCCGAGGUACGCCAGGAAGAGUCUGAGGAGCCAGAGGCAUUCCACGCAGAGUCGGCAUCACGGCGGUCCUGCCACUGCUGCACGCGCCUCCAUCGGCGCUCCCAACGACUGAACUCCAUGGACGAGUCCGACAUCGAAAGAGACACGCACAAGAAAGAGGUAAACGUGGACAAAAACUUGGGCAACAAAUGCCUGCGAUGGCAAAACAAGACAAGGGAACAGGUGGAGCACAGCACGUGCAAUGAGAAAGUUUCAGAAGUACGUGCCUACUCAGGGAACCCACAGCGUCUGAUGGCACUCCUGCUUCUGAGG